CCUUCUUCUGUGCUGACUGAUGUCAGCAUGCACACCAGACACCCCCUCCACAACAGAGAUGCUACUACUGCAGGUUACUUCCAGCCAUUGGCCCCAACAACACAUGUACUAAAUAUGGCCCUUUGCUCCUGUGUGCGGUUUGUACCUGUGGAGAUCCCGGACAAAAUCUGUGGUUGUGCAUCAGAGUCAUUGGGCCUCAAGCCAGGAAAGACUGUGACUGUGAUCACAAUGAAUGGACGACAUGAGCUAAGCAUGCCAGAGUUGGCUUGUGAAGUAUGCACUGCGACAUGGACGACUGGGGUUGACGACCUUCUUCGGAGUGACUACUGGCCAGCUACCCUUCACUUCGCCACCAUUUAUGCCACAGAUGUUUUCUUCUCAUUUGAAGAAAUGAAAAUGGCUGCACCUGGACUAUCCUUUCAGGCAUAUUUAAGGAUGCUAGAUCAGCGAACGUUGCGCUUCGGCCGUACUGGGAAGAUCUCAACUGACAGCUUCAUCAAAAGUUUCUUUGAGUGGGAGGCUGUGCGUUAUGAGGUGGACAUCAUGUGCAAGGAGGAGCCCUUCACCUGUCCUGCGUGUAGCCCUGAUAUGCUUGCAGUUUCCGUGGAUGGAAACCGCAAGCAUUACCAUUUCAAGAAUGCAGCUAGAUCUGAGGAACAGGCUAUCUUUGACGGUGUCUUUAUAGCCAGGGAUGAAGACGUCUCAAGAUUUGUGGACUAUAUACACACCACAACCAAACAUGUCUCCGGAAGAGGUGUUUGUGGAGGACAGUGGUCGGCAGCCAGAGAGACCUCCCAAAAAUCAGCCAGCAAGCUGGAUGAGGAGGGACUAGAGCUUGCCGUCUGUCGACAUGGAGUGCUCCUCUGUGCUCUCAAUAUGUACAGGGGAGAAAUCUUUGCUUAUCCCCUGUACCUACAGAAAAAGCUGGCCAGUAGUAUGUUCUUUUGCAUGGAUGUGACCUGCAAAUAUUGGCCCUACCUCCAGAGAAUCACAAAAAGCUGUCCAGAGCUCCAGCAUCUUCUCGACAUGAAGCCCUUUCUCUCAGUGUUUCAUGCCAAAGCGCAUGACUUCAAAUGUGAAGUGAAAUGGAGUGGGGCAUAUCACGAGGGGGCUGGACUAACCCUAGGGGAGGAGGUGGAACAGGUCAAGGCCUUCCUCUCUCGGAUAGCAGUGACCACAAAACACAUGUCAAAAGCAGGACGUACAGACAUGCUGACGCUGAUGGCCAUGCGCUGGAAUCAGCAAAAAGUCAGCAACUUGGCCACCUCACUGUCCCGCAGAUAUCUGAAGACCACAAAAGCUCUGGAAAAGCAAUUGCAGAACCUGGAGUCCAUGAAGGCUGAGUUGGCAAUGACUGAAAAGCAGCUGGAAGACUGGAUCAGAGAUGUGAAUGAGUGGGCAGAAAGCGAGGACAAUCUUAAUUAAGUUUUUCAACUUUUUUGUAGUCAUGAUUUAUCAAUUU